AUGGGCGAUUACCAGGAACUUGUUUCGAGUCAAUCACAGACAAACACUGUUGCUGGUGUUGCAACUUUCAGGCGUCGCAAGAUUGAGAUAGAAGUGGUGGAAAAUGCAUCAAGAGGACCAACGUGGGAAUUUCCAGGUUUUGGUUCCUCCCAGAGGUUGUACAUACCUGCUACGGAUCUUGCCAAUAUUCAGCUUUCCCAGUCCCGUACGCUUCUAUCCGAGUGGCUAGCUACUGCUAUCAUCGGCAACGACUUUCUGGGCAGUGUACUCUACUCCGUAUCCAAUGUAGCUGCCAAGUCUGGAAAACUCACCCCCGUGCCGCUUCUCAUGGUGUCCAUUGUGGUACAAUUAUACAAGCUCAUGUACGCUGAGGUGAUCACUGCCAUCCCCAUGAACGGAGGUACAUACAACGCGUUACUGAACACCACAUCGAAGCCCAUUGCUACAGUCGCUGCUUGUUUGGGUAUUUUAUCGUACGUGGCCACGGCAACUGUAGCCGCCAUCUCAGCCGUUAAUUACCUCUCUACACAAGUAAAUAUCCCGAUCGUGGCCUGUACAAUCGCGAUUCUGCUGGCUUUUGGUCUCUUGGCACUUCUUGGCAUUGUGGCAAAUUCUCGUGCUGCACUCGCCAUCUUCCUCCACCACAUUGUUGUGCUGUCUAUAUUAGCGAUCUCAUGUGUGAUAUACGGUAUUCAGAACCCGACCGUCUUUCGCGAAAAUAUGCAAACAGAAUUUCCUGACGUAAUUAUCGCUGGGAAGAUGUUGGACGGCAGCGCAUUCACUGCCGUGUUCUUUGGCUUUGGAGCUGCUAUGCUUGGCAUAACCGGUUUUGAGUCAUCGUCCAACUACGUCGAGGAACAGGCAUCGGGUGUAUUCCGUAAAACUCUACGAAAUGCUGCUUUACCCACCACCAUCUUCAACAUCUCUCUAGGGAUCGGUAUCCUUGCGGUUCUUCCGCUUGGCGGUGACGGUGGUAUCUACGCAAGUAAAGACGCAUUGCUGUCGAAGGCCGCUGAGGUGGCUCUCGGAAGCUGGUUCAGUACCUGGGUCAGCGUGGACGCAUUCAUCGUGCUCUCGGGUUCCGUUCUGACCUCUUACGUUGGUAUCUGUGGAUUGGUGCGUCGACUUGCAACGGACCGGGUGUUGCCGAGUUUCCUGGCCAAGACCAACCAGUUGCGCGGCACGAACCACUACGUCAUUGCCGCAUUCUUCCUGUUGUCGGCGAGUCUCGUGCUGAUUCUCAACACCGACUCCACGAUCAUGAACGGUGUGUACACAUACGCAUUCCUGGGUUUGAUGGCGCUCUUUGCGAGUGCUGCUAUGCUACUCAAGGCGAAGCGACCUGAGAUCCCACGCGAUGUCAUUGCGCCGUGGUCUACACUGGUGCUGGGAUUGGUUAUGGUGGUGGUGGCGAUUUUCGCCAACCUGCUCGGAGACCCGUCGGUGUUGAUGUACUUUGCAUUGUACUUCAUCGUCGUGGCUCUUGUCAUGUUCAUCAUGUUCGAGCGCGUCACGAUUCUACGCUGUCUGUUGGCACUCAUGAAGAAGACGGCGCCGUCACAGUACGCGAAGGAAACUGCUGUCAACUAUUUCCGCACGCGUGACACCCCAGAGGUGGAGCACACGGGAGCUCGCGGAGGUCGCACGAUCGCUCGAGCCAUCACGAGUAUCCGCAGUGCUCCCAUCAUCUUCUUCUGCAAGCGCCCAGACUUGACGAUCAUUAACAAGGUGAUCGUGUACGUGCGUCGCAAUGAGCAGACGCACACACUCCGUAUCGUGCACGUGUUCUCGGACGAAGAGAGCGAUGCCUCCGUGCUGGAAUCGUUCCGCAACUUGGCGAUGCUGUUCGACAGCAUGUACCCGAAGAUCCGCAUCGACUUCGUAUCGGUUCAAGGUGAUUUCAACCCCGCGACGAUCGAGUGGCUGUCGAAGAAGAUGGACGUGCCGCGCAGCAUGAUGUUCAUCACGCAGCCCGAUAUGGUGUCGGCUGAGCGCGUGUCAUCCGUUGGAGUCCGCGUCAUUACGGAAUAAUUUAACAACUUCUCUUUUGAAUGUCUAUGAUCAUCUCAUUCGGUUGCCACGCUGUUGCUUGAACCGUUGUGAGUUGUCAGCAAAUACCCACUUGUUGCGAAAACGAAACAAGUCGGGCUACUGGUACAAUAGACACCAAUGCAUAGGAUAAACAUAAAUUCACCUAUCAAUAGAAGGUCACCUUACCACUACAAUAGACAUCAAUGCUCAUGC